AGAUUAUCGAUUGUAUUGAGCUAUCGAUUAAUCGUUUGUUUUGAACGACUCUCUCAUUAAGUCUUUUGUCCGCAAAUUGUCAUCAAAUCAAUCAAUUAAUCAGUUAUUUGAUUAUCAGAUCCAUUGAUUGAAAUCACAUGCAGAGGGCAUACCAACCAAUGGCCAGUACAUCAUCAAUGAUGGCAUCACCGGGUGUGGCACCCAAUGUUAAUCAGCAGAUGGCCGGUCAGCCGGUCAACAACACAGCGCAGCCUUCGGGACAACCGCUCCGUAGCCCACAUAUGCCGCCUCAGAGGAUGUUUCAAAGUCCCGCUGGACUGCAAUCGUACUCAGGAGUGGCCACACCACCUGUGGUCGGUCAACGAUUUCCUCCGACACCACAUCACAUGCGAAUGCCACCAAACGCACCGCCAUUUGCUGGUAGAUCGAUGCCAGCGCCUACACCUCCCGGACCCGUGCAGGCUAUGAAGCGAUCGGCAACUGCAAUGAAUGGACCACCGAUGGGAGGAAUGCCUUCGAAAGGAAUUCCAAUUGGCUCAAUGGGUCCGCCUUCAGGACCGACACAUCAUUCAAAUCAAUCGAGUGGAUCGUCAAAGAAGAAAAAGAAAUUGGCGGACAAGAUAUUGCCACAAAAGGUUAGAGAUUUAGUGCCCGAAUCUCAGGCUUAUAUGGAUUUGUUGGCAUUUGAACGCAAACUGGAUUUCACAAUAAUGAGGAAACGUCUUGACAUUCAAGAAGCUCUUAAACGUCCGAUGAAACAGAAACGCAAACUUCGUAUCUUUAUUUCGAAUACCUUUUAUCCGGGAAAACCUGAGGGCGAUCCCAAUGAAGAACCAUCAGUGCCGUCGUGGGAACUUAGAGUUGAGGGACGACUCUUGGAAGACCCGAAUGCUCCCAAAGCCGAUCAAAGCAAACUUAAGCGCAAAUUUUCAUCAUUUUUUAAAAGUUUGGUCAUUGAAUUGGAUAAAGAUCUGUACGGACCAGAUAACCAUUUAGUUGAGUGGCACCGGACACCUGCCACUACCGAAACGGACGGCUUUCAAGUGAAACGCCCGGGAGAUAAAAAUGUCAGGUGCACUAUAUUAUUGCUAUUAGACUACCAGCCCUUGCAGUUUAAAUUGGAUCCACGUUUAGCCCGACUCUUGGGUAUUCAUACACAGACACGACCAGUGAUUAUAAAUGCUUUGUGGCAAUACAUUAAAACACAUAAACUCCAGGACCCGCAUGAAAGGGAAUUUAUUAAUUGCGACAAAUAUUUGGAACAAAUAUUUCAAUGUCAACGCAUGAAAUUUGCUGAAAUACCAUCACGUCUUCAUCAUCUACUUCACCCGCCCGACCCUAUUGUCAUUAAUCAUCUGAUUAGUGUCGAAGGUCCUGACAUGAAGAAGACCUCUUGUUAUGACAUCGAUGUUGAGGUUGACGACCCCUUGAAGAUUCAUAUGAAUAACUUUUUACUAUCGACUGCAAGUCAACAGGAGAUCCAAUCUCUUGAUAACAAAAUUCAUGAGACAGUUGAGACAAUAAACCAAUUGAAGACUAAUCGUGAAUUCUUCCUAAGCUUUUCGACAGAUCCGCAACAAUUCAUCAAUAAAUGGCUUAUUUCUCAAAUGAGAGAUUUGAAGACAAUGACUGACCAAAUUGGAAAUCCAGAAGAAGAGAGAAAUUCUGAUUUUUUCUUCCAGUCGUGGACUCAGGAGGCAGUCUGUCGUUACUUUUAUGGUAAAGUUCAGCAAAGAAGGGCUGAAUUGGAACAGGCGUUGGGUAUUAGAAACGCAUAAUUGAUAUCAUUUUAUCAUUAUUUACAUUUAAUAUUGUUUAUAUCGUUUAACUGCCGGUAAUUUAAAAAUUAUCGAAAAUCAUUGACUUUAUAUUUAUUGUAUUUCUAUUUUAAUUGUAAUAAUUCUAUAGAA